AUGCCUAGCAAGCGGGGCAAGCUGGAAUGUGAAAACAUGCCAGUAGCACAACACAUUACACGCAAAGCUUCAAUCUGUAAGUCCUCCAAGCAUGGAUUAGGCCUUUUUGCCGAAGAGUUUGUUCCAGCGAACAGUUUUGUAGUGGAGUACACAGGUGAGCUAAUAACCGAUAAGGAGGCCGAAAGGAGGGGAAAUUUCUACGAGAUGAACAAGCUUUCCUAUCUUUUCAAUGCGGUAUUUCAGCAUUCUGAUUGCUUAUAUUCUAUAGACUCGUUUUUCAUGGGCAAUAAAAGCAGAUUUAUAAACCACUCGGUUUCCAAUGCAAACCUUAAGUCAAAAAUACUUGUUUCACAUGGAAAUGUCAAGAUUGUAUUUUACAGUCUAAGAGACAUAUACAAAGGCGAGGAGUUUUUAUUUGACUAUCAAUUCACAGACACCCAAAAGAAAAAGCAUGGAAUUAUAGACUGA